AUGCAAGAACCGAGCGAGCUACGGCAGCAGCCACUGCCAGCACCCUCCUCACUAAUCCCACCCACGCGUCCUCGCGCGCCGCUGCCACGCACCGACCCGAACCGGCUGCCCGAUUUUGAAGUUUUUUUCCGUCAACAUGACCCCGACGAUCCGAAGAACUGGCCUGCGUGGUACCGGCUGUGGGCGAUUGCGACCGUCUCGUUUGCGGCGUGGGUUGUGGUGCUCUUCAGCACCAGCUAUACAGGCGCGCUGCCCGGGCUCAUCGCCGAGUUUGGCGUCAGCCGGACCUAUGCGACCAUGGGGCUCACAACGUACCUGCUUGGUCUCGCCGUCGGCAGCCUGGUGGUGGCGCCGAUGAGCGAGCUCUUCGGGCGUAGGGUCGUAUACCUUACUGGCCUGGCGAUAUGGGCCGUCUUCAUCAUCCCCUGCGGCGUGGCCGAUUGCCUGACGACUAUUCUCGCCAACCGCUUUGUUAGCGCUCUGUUUGGCGCCGCUCUCAUCUCCAACGGCCCGGGCACCGUCGUCGAUGUAUCCAAGCCAGAGUAUCUCGCCAUGGGCAUGUCGCUGUUCAGUCUAGGCCCCUUCAAUGGCCCUGUGCUAGGACCCCUCAUUGGCGGCUUCGUGUACCAGUACCGAGGAUGGCGUUGGACAAACUGGAUUGUGCUCGUGCUCGCUGGCGUCGCCUUUUCCAUGAUGAUGACCGUCAAGGAGACGUAUCCGCCCUGCAUCCUGCGCAAGCGAGCGGAGAAGCUACGUAAAGACACCGGAGAUGACCGCUGGUGGUGCCAGUAUGACAGAACCACGUCCUCGUGGGAGCUCAUAACCACAAACAUGAAGCGACCAAUUGUGCUCUUCUUUACCGAACCCAUCGUGUGGUUCAUCAACGUCUGGAACGCGCUCAUCUACGGCAUCCUCUACCUCUGCUUCGUCGCCUACCCAGUCGUCUUUGCCCAGCACCGCGGCUGGAGCCCCGGCUUCGCCGGCAUGUCCUACCUGGGCAUCGGCGCGGGCAUCGUGCUCGCCAUUGCCGCAGAACCGCUCGCCCGACGCCUCAUCAACUCCCGCCCGUGCGAUCCCGCCACCAACAGGCCACCGCCUGAGGCCGCGGCGCUCCUAAUGAUGAUGGGCGCACUGCUGACGCCCAUUGGGCAGCUCGGCUUCUCAUGGACGUGCCUGCCGACACGCAUCCACUGGGUCGUGCCGGUGCUGUUUGGUGUGCCAUUCGGCUUCGGCAACACGCUCAGCUUCAUCUACUCGUCCAAUUACCUAGCGGGCGCGUAUGGCAUCUACGCGGCGAGCGCGUUAGCUAGCAACGCUGUCCUCCGCAGCCUGUUUGGCGCGACGCUGCCGCUGGCUGGCACGCAUAUGUAUGAGACCAUGUCCCCGCGGUGGGCUGGCACGCUGUGCGGCCUGCUGGCUGUGGCUAUGGUUCCCGUGCCGGUUGUGUUUUGGCGGUACGGCGCCCGGAUCCGCGCCGCGAGCCGCACCAUUCGACAGCUGCGCGAGAGGCAGGAGGAGAUGGAAGUUAAACGCGCCGAGAACGAAGCGAAACGAAAUGAGUACUCGAGCAGCGAAGGGCAGCUGGUGGAUAAGGAACGUUUCGUCGGUGCGUCUGGGCCCUCGGUCGAGACGACGGGACUUGAAAAGGACAAGGUGUAA